AUGCCCCAGCAAACAGCACGCGGUUGCAAGCACGCGCUCUCCAGCGAAAUUCAGUCUAGAAGCGCGCGCGAGCCAGCCAUCCUACUGCAGCCACCAGUAACGCGCUGCUCGCCUCACGGAUUUCUCCAAUACACGAAAUGCGUAAGGCCGCGUCCACACGUUUGGACUCAUUUCCGCCCCUGCUUCCCCUCAUUUCCGCCCCUGCUUCCCCUCAUUUCCGCCCCUGCUUCCCCUCCUUUCCCCCCACGCAUCCCCUCAUUUCCGCCCCUGCUUCCCCUCAUUUCCGCCCCUGCUUCCCCUCAUUUCCGCCCCUGCUUCCCCUCCUUUCCCCCCACGCAUCCCCUCAUUUCCGCCCCUGCUUCCCCUCAUUUCCGCCCCUGCUUCCCCUCCUUUCCCCCCACGCAUCCCCUCAUUUCCGCCCCUGCUUCCCCUCCUUUCCCCCCACGCAUCCCCUCAUUUCCGCCCCUGCUUCCCCUCCUUUCCCCCCUUGCUUCCCCUCCUUUCCCCCACUUAUUCCCCUCCUUUCCCCCACUGCUUCCCCUCCUUUCCCCCACUGCUUCCCCUCCUUUCCUCCACUUCUCUGCCUCGCCUUUCCCCCCCGUACUUCCCCUGCUUUCCCCCGCUGAUUCCCCUCCUUUCCUCUCCCCUCCUUCCCCCCGUUUCCCCCACUGCUUCCUCUCCUUUCCCCCACUGCUUCCCCUCCUUUUCCCCCCUCUCUGCAUCGCCUUUCCCCCCGUGCUUCCCCUCCUUUCCCCCCUCCUCCCCCCCGUUUCCACCACUGCAUCCCCUCCUUUCGCUCCCUUCCCUUGCUUACCCUCCCUCCCUCCCCCUACCUACUGUUUCCACUUUCCACCUCCAGUAUCGUACUACCACCCACGUUUCCCAGUAAUGCCCUCUCCGCAUCCCUUCUCACCCCCUCAUUUCCUCUCUGCAUCCCUUCUCACCCCAUCCUUUCCUCUCCGCAUCCCUUCUCACCCCAUCCUUUCCUCUCCGCAUCCCUCCUCACCCCAUCCUUUCCUCUCCGCAUCCCUCCUCACCCCAUCCUUUCCUCUCCGCAUCCCUCCACACCCCAUCCUUUCCUCUCCGCAUCCCUUCUCACCCCAUCCUUUCCUCUCCGCAUCCCUCCUCACCCCAUCCUUUCCUCUCUGCAUCCCUUCUCACCCCAUCCUUUCCUCUCCGCAUCCCUUCUCACCCCAUCCUUUCCUCUCCGCAUCCCUCCUCACCCCAUCCUUUCCUCUCCGCAUCCCUCCACACCCCAUCCUUUCCUCUCCGCAUCCCUUCUCACCCCAUCCUUUCCUCUCCGCAUCCCUCCUCACCCCAUCCUUUCCUCUCUGCAUCCCUUCUCACCCCAUCCUUUCCUCUCCGCAUCCCUUCUCACCCCAUCCUUUCCUCUCCGCAUCCCUCCACACCCCAUCCUUUCCUCUCCGAAUCCCUCCCCACCCCAUCCUUUCCUCUCCGCAUCCCUCCUCACCCCAUCCUUUCCUCUCCGCAUCCCUCCUCACCCCAUCCUUUCCUCUCCGCAUCCCUCCUCACCCCAUCCUUUCCUCUCCGCAUCCCUCCACACUCCAUCUAUCCUCUCAGCAUCCUUUCUCUCCCCAUCCCUCCUUGCCACCAUCCCCUCAGGUUUUGUGGCGCUGUGUCCAGGAAAGGCGACCUGCUGCGUGCACUCUUUGCUUAGUUACUAGUAUGCAUGGAUUGCCUCUCUGCUUUUACUCGUGA